AAGUUUUGAGGACAACCAGAUCACUGGUGUGAUUCCAUCUGGAAUCGGCAAUCUGAGAAAUCUGAAAGAAUUGUUUUUGGGUAAAAAUCUGCUCAACGGCUCCAUUCCUGCUACGCUCAGCUUGUUAACAGGAUUAAAAUCGUUGUGGCUGGAUAGCAAUCAGCUCGACGGCUCCAUUCCUGCUACCAUCACCUUGCUAACAAAAUUGCGCUACUU